UUAUUGUUCUAAAAUGAUAAAAUUGUUCAUUAGCCACAUUAUUUCUUUUAGAACUUUGCCCUAUUUUGUUAUGUAUCAGUUGUCAAGCUAAUGUAAACAACAUGGCGGCGACCAUGCCAGUUUUGUUGGGGUUGUGACAACACGGUCACGAACUCAGACAUAAUAACUGAGGGAACAAAGAAGUUAUCACCCUAAAACGGUACACUUUUUCAAGCCCAAAUGAGCACACUGGAUUAUGCUCCUGCAGCUACAGGGAUGUCAAGGAUACCCAGAUUUCAGCCUCAGUCUCGCCCGCUACCACCUCUAGAGACCAACAAUGACAGGGCAGGGCAGAAACCCUCCAGACUUCAACAGCUUCAAUCCAACUACCAACAGAAAAUACUCCGGGAAAAGGAAGAGAAACUCAUUAAUAUGUAUGAAGAAAAUCAGAAGAGAGCUCUUCAAAAAGUACAAACCCAGGGUACUAUGAGAGAUUUCUUUAAACAGCGUAGAGAGAUGGAACAGAAUGGAAAUAUUCAGCAAGCACCAACAAUGGCUAAUCAUUACAAGAAGAUGAGACAGGUUGGUUCUUCACCAACUGGAGGCACCUGGUCCCCAAACAGCAGACAGCAUUCUGGCAGCUCCAUCCAUUCCAUGGGACGUGACAGGAGUAAACCUUUGGCUCCUAUUGACCGUAAUGCUCAGAUACCCCAAAAACCUCAAAGACAUGGUCGCCCCAAAACCAAAGAUUCUAUUGUUGAAGAAAAGAAGCAACAUUUAAAUGGGAAUAUCAAGAGUGCAAAUGCAGGUUUCAACAAUGGCAGCUACAGGUCUGAGAGAUCUCCAAUGGAAGAGACUCCUCCUCCAAACAUGGCAAACCUAAAGAGUAUAAGAAAUCAGAAAAUAAACAGAUCUGGAAAACCUCCUUCAGGAAAACCACAACAAGCCAAAAUGUCCGACUUCCAGAAAUUCCAGAUGGAACAGGACCAGGCUAGAGAAAAUAGGCUAAAGGCUCACAGGGAGGCGCAAAGACAGGAACAUUCAGGCUAUGAGUACCAAACAAGUGAGGAUGAGGCAGAUGAAAAUGAGGAAAAUAAUAAUGUUGAUCCCCAAGAGGAUAUUGCUAGGAAGCAGAAAGAACUCAUGGAAAGGAUUGCUAAUCAGCAGGCAGAACUGGAGAGGAUCAGACUCGAGAGAGAACGUGAAGAAAUUGAGGAAAAGAAGGAAAUGGAAAGGCGUAGAAAACGAGAGGAGGAAAGAAGAAAAAGAAUGAAAGAGGAAGAAGAGAAGAGGAAAAGAGAGGAGGAGGAAAGGAGAAUUCAAGAAGAAGAGAGAAGAGUUCAAGAGGAAGAAGAAUUUCAACGAAGAGUUGCUGAAACAAGAGCAAACAAAGCAAACUCUUACAACACAAGGCAGCCUUAUGAAAAUGAGGACCCAUACUCAUCUCGCUAUGAUGACAGAACUUAUAGACGGGAUUCUCCUGCUGAGCAAUACCAGCCAACACCCCCACCUAAACCAAAACCAGCCAGAGUACAGAAAAGACCGCCUCCAAAGCAUUCUGCCCGCGUGGAAAGAACUCCCUCCCCACAGUUUACUACCAAUGAUAUUUCAAUGUAUGAGAAUGCUGCCAUGGAUAGCGAGGCUUAUGCAGGGGGUAAAAUCCAAAUGGCAAAGUGCUCUAACUGUGGCAGGAAGUUUGCAGCUGACAGACUGCAGCGCCACAGGAAUGCUUGUGGUAACGCGACCAAGAAGAGAAAGGUGAUGGACCCCACGAAGAUGAGAGUGGCUGGGACAGAAAUGGAGCAAUACACUGGGAAAAACAGAUCCAAGACUCCUCCGAAGAAAUCUAACUGGAGAGCAGAGAGAGAAAAUUUUAUUAAGGCUCUCCGUUACGCCAAGAAAUGUGCUGAAGUGGAGAAAACUGGAGGGGAUAUACGAAACAUAACUCCUCCACCUGCAGCUGAAAAUCCCAGCUACAAACAAUGCCCGUACUGUUCUCGGAAGUUUAAUCCUGACGCCGCAGAAAGACACAUUCCACGGUGUAAAAACCUCAACACUCGUCCUGCUCCUACUAGAAAGGGAAGGCGAUAAGCUAAUUAAUACAGUUUGUAUAAAUUAGU